CAGCCCCACGCUCUCCGCUGACAGUGAGCGUAGCUACUGUCACGCACUGGAGUGUGGUGCCAUUCAAUCUGAGAGGUUAGCCUGUGAUCUAAUUUACCCAAAGCAGUCACCUCAGGAGCACUUAGCUUUUAUACGACGCUCGGGACUCGUUUUAACUCGUUGUUAACAGGCGACAAAGGGACUUGACAAAGAUGUCCAAAGACACGGAAGGAAAGAGUGAGAAAAUUAUGGAUAUGGAGAGCAAGGUUCUGUGGUACCCGGAUUCUAAGAGGAACACACAGAUGGAUAAGUUUAGGAUACAGGUCAACCAGGACUACGGGCUUAAUCUGGCCAACUACAGUGACCUGUACCAGUGGUCAGUGGAUUCCUACCCAGAGUUCUGGGGAGAGAUUUGGCGCUUCUGUGGAGUCGUGAGCUCAAAGCCAUAUGAAGAGGUGGUGGAUGUAUCCAAACGCAUCUCAGAUGUUCCCGAGUGGUUUAAAGGAGCUCGGCUCAACUACGCUGAGAACCUGCUCAAACAUGCAGACCAUGACAAAGUGGCUCUCUACGCUGCAAAGGAGGCAAAUGAGGAAAUUGUGAAGGUGACUUUUGGAGAACUGAGGCGUGAUGUGGCGUUGUUUGCUGCAGCCAUGAGGAAGAUGGGAGUCCAGACUGGAGACAGGGUCGUAGGCUACCUACCCAAUGGUAUCCACGCAGUGGAGGCAAUGUUAGCAGCAGCCAGCAUCGGAGCUAUUUGGAGCUCAACAUCUGUUGACUUUGGAGUCAAUGGUGUCCUUGACAGGUUUUCUCAAAUUCAGCCUAAACUGAUCUUCUCUGUUGCUGCUGUAGUGUACAAUGGGAAAACACACGACCACAUGGAAAAGCUAAUUAGUGUUGUGAAAGGUUUGCCAGACUUGCAGAAAGUCAUUGUGAUUCCUUACGCUCGCACCAAACAUGAAACUGACCUUUCCAAAAUCCCCAACAGUGUAUUUAUGGAUGACUUUUUGGCAUCUGGGCGUGGUGAGGGUGACCAGUUCCCUCAGUUGGAAUUUGAGCAGCUUCCCUUCAAUCAUCCUCUUUUCAUCAUGUAUUCCUCUGGAACCACAGGAGCUCCUAAAUGUAUGGUCCACUCGGCUGGGGGCUCUCUCAUCCAGCACCUGAAAGAACACAUUCUCCAUGGCAAUAUGACCAGCAGUGAUGUCAUCAUUUACUACACUACGACUGGCUGGAUGAUGUGGAACUGGCUGGUAUCUGCACUGGCAGUGGGAGCCUCUGUUGUUUUGUAUGACGGUUCACCACUAAUGCCGACUCCCAAUGUACUGUGGAACCUGACAGACCAGUUGGGCAUCACUAUCUUUGGUACCGGGGCCAAGUGGCUGUCUGUGCUGCAGGAGAGGAACCUGACACCCUCGGAAACACACAAUCUCCAGUCCCUCCACACUAUCCUGUCUACUGGAUCUCCUCUCAAACCUCAGAUCUACGACUAUGUCUACCGCUGCAUAAAGAGCACCGUGCUGCUGGGCUCCAUUUCAGGUGGCACUGACAUAGUGUCGUGUUUCAUGGGCCAGAACCCAACAGUUCCAGUGUAUCGAGGUGAGAUUCAAUCAAGAAAUCUCGGCAUGGCUGUGGAAGCCUGGAGCCCUGACGGUAAGCCUGUGUGGGGAGAGAGUGGGGAGCUUGUCUGCUUGAAGCCAAUCCCCUGCCAGCCAACACACUUCUGGAAUGACGAGAAUCAGAGCAAAUAUCAUAAAGCAUACUUUUCUACAUAUCCCGGCGUGUGGGCCCACGGAGACUACUGUAAAAUCAAUCCAAAGACAGGGGGCAUUGUCAUGCUGGGCAGAAGUGACGGCACGCUGAACCCCAACGGAGUCCGAUUCGGCAGCUCAGAGAUCUACAACAUUGUGGAGGCGUUUGAGGAAGUGUCAGACAGUCUUUGUGUUCCACAGUACAACGCUGACGGAGAAGAGAGAGUUAUUUUGUUCUUAAAGAUGGCACCUGGUAAGCCCUUCAGUCCAGAGUUGGUGGCGAAGAUUAAAGGAGCCAUUAGAAAAGCCCUGUCUGCUCGACACGUACCCGCCCUGCUGCUGGAGACCAGAGACAUUCCUUAUACCAUCAGCGGUAAGAAGGUGGAGGUAGCUGUAAAACAAGUGAUUGCUGGUCGGGAGGUGACACAAAGAGGAGCAUUCUCCAAUCCUGACUCACUGGACCUCUACAAAAACAUUCCUGAACUGCAAAACUAUUAGAGACGUGGCUUCACAGAGCUGAAGAGAGGGUCUGCAAAGACACGUAGCCUGAAAAGGUUUUAGCUUUGAUUUUAGACUAACUUUAUGUAAAUUUACAGGUACAGGGUGAUGUGCAAAGUUCAUUGCAUGGGUUCCUCAAACAGACACCCUGCGCUGCAUACAGGGCAAAAAGGUGAUGAUGUGUGUCAAAAUAAUAUAUAACAAUACCAAACAAGAUGUAUUAUAAUAAUAAAUUAAUUAUAUCAGGCAGACAGAGAGACAUAGUGUUCCACAAGUCAUCAAGCAGCUGCUCAUAGUCUACCAUACUGCACAAUUAAGUGUUGGAAAUGGAACACUGAAGGAGGCUUUGGAUAUAAUAUCGUGUGUUUAGCAGUGCUUGUGAAUAAGCUCAUGCUUUGAAGCCCUUGAAGAAAUGAAACGCAGUAUAAAGUGCUUUGCUUCGGCUUCACACUUUGAUUGUUAUCAGCUACUGAAGAACCAUAUCUCCCCGUGUCACCUGCCUGUAACCUUGAGUGGGUCCCUGAAUAAAAUCCAUGGAGGUGUGUAGAUAAAUACACCCACGCAUCUUGGAGUUACGCCUCAGCUUUGGCUCAUAUCACCAUAUCAUGUUUAUGUGGUGUGGAUUGCUAUCUUAAUGUGGAUAUAUUUGUAUAUCAGUAUACAUUUUGGGACUGUGAAACUGUGUUGACUUUACAGUUAUGCCUUUAACGAUAGCCACCCAAACGUGUUAACCAAAGUCAUGGAAGUUGUAUUAUGUUUGUGUAACAGUUCUAGUUUACUUAAUUCUUGAAUAAGGAAGCCUAGAAAACUAAACUAAUAUAAUAUAAUUUAAUAUAGCUUACUAAUAACUAAUAUAGCUUUUUUUUCUGCCUAAAAAGCUAUAUCACAUUUCAUACUUGAUUUUGAACCUUUGUUUUCGAAAUCCUCUAUUCAAUGUUGUCCCCCCAUCCAAAACCAGAAUAGGUCGUUAUCUAUCAAUCUGUUGUAGCAAGGAUUCAGUCAAGAUGCACAUUUCUCAUUUCACCACAGAAGCCUGUUGUAUACAUUUGUAUCUAUGUUCCAUGAUUGUUACAACGCUAAGAAAAGCAUGUGUUGUACUUUGUACAUAGAAAAAACGAGUUAUUUAUUUAAAAUUUCCUAAUUAUAAUAACAAAUUCUGUAGCCUAGUUGAUGCUAUUAACUGUAGUGGUUUUGGUCACUAGUAAAUCUGUAAUAAAACACAAUUCCUGUGGGUUUGAUUUCCAUUUUCCAUGAGAAGCAAAUACCUGACCAGAGUGUCAAUUGUGCAAAGGAACAGAUGUCAGAGAGCCAUUUGAUCUAUGGAUAAGAAUUAAACUGAAAAAAAUAAAAAAUAGGGACCAUUUUCUCA